CUGCCCUCCUGUGUCCCCAGGUGCAGAGCGGCAAGCUGAUCCCGUUCUCGCCCGCCGUGAGCACCUCAGUGUCCACUGUGGCGUGCAGGGCCUCCCCCAUGUAUGCGGGGGAGUUGCGGCCCAAGCCAGCCGGGGACCCGGCCGACGGGCAGUUUGCUUGGGGCACAGAAAGCCCGGAAGCCCCCGGGAGAGGCGUCCUGAAGCCGCAGGCCCGGCUGCCCUCGGGAGAGGGUGCCCCCAGCAGGGGACUUCAGGACCCCACGGGCGCCGAGAGAGGAGCGUGGGACGGCGACCAGGGUGGCCUCAGGGGCCUCUGGCCGAGGGAAGAGGAGGCGGCCCUGGGCAGGAGCCCUGAGGGAGACAGCCCUGGGGAGCCGGUACCUCUCAGGGCCAGCGUGGACCUGGCUCCCGCCCUGGCGCCCGCUGCCCAGGGGCCCCAGGAAGCGUCCACGGCCCAGAGUGCAGACGCCAGGGACAGGCCGCCCGCGGGAGAGAAGGAGGCUGCAGGGUCCAGAAGGCGCUCUCUGCAAGGCCAAGAGCUCCGGGAGCUGGCGUCUGAGCAGGCAGGCUGGGCCCCGGGGAGCAGUGCUGCUGUGGGCGCAGAGGCCUGGGGGCACCCAGACCCCUCAGAUCCAGUGCCCGAGAAGCCAGCCAAGAGCCUGGGCACCAUGCUCACGGCUGGGGAGACCAGAGUGCCGGCGGUGGAGGGCCCCUUGGACUCCCCCAGUAAGACCAUGUCCAUUAAGGAAAGGCUGGCCCUGCUGAGGAAGAGUGGGGAGGAGGACUGGAAGCACAGACUCCACCGGAAGCAGGAGGCUGGCAAGGCCGCGGGUGUGGGCGGCCUAUGCGCCCCAGAAGUGGAGCAGGCCAAGAAGGAAGAAGGACUUGCAGGUGGUAGUGCCGUGUCUAGUCUGCUCUGGAGGGUGACGGAAAGUCGUGAGAGCCAGAUGACGAUCGAGGAGAGGAAGCAGCUCAUCACCGUGCGAGAGGAGGCCUGGAAGAGCAGGGGCAGAGGGGCGGCCAACGACUCCACACAGUUCACCGUGGCUGGCAGGAUGGUGAAGAAAGGCUUGGCGUCCCCCGCAGCCAUGACCCCCGUGGCGUCCCCUCUCAUCAAGACGAGGGGCACGACUCCGGUCUCCAAGCCGCUGGAAGACAUCGAGGCCAGGCCGGACAUGCAGCUGGAGUCAGACCUGAAGCUGGACCGGCUGGAGACCUUUCUGAAAAGACUGAAUAGCAAAGUGGCCGGGGCACAGGAGACAGUGGUGACGGUCACCAGGCAGUCCGUGAAGGAGGUGAUGCAGCCCGACGACGACGAGACCUUCGCCAGCUUCUACCGCCACAUGGGGGGCCUGGGGCCGCGCAGCCCCGUGGAGCUGGGGGAGGACCUGGACGUCGCCCUCGACCCCAGCGCACCCAAGCUGACGUCCGCGGUGGCCGAGCACAAACGGGCGGUCAGGCCCAGGCGCCGGGUGCAGGCCUCCCGGAACCCCCUGAGGAAGCUGGCGGCCAGGGAGGACCUGCUGCAGGGCUACACGGAGCAGCGGCUGAACCUGGCCUACGUGGAGUCCAAGCGCCUGAGGGUGGAGAAGACGACCUCUGGCUCCAGCUUCUCGGAGGUGACCCUGGCCGGCCUGGCCAGCAAGGAAAACUUCAGCCGCGUGAGUCUGCGCAGCGUGGACCUGACUCAGCAGCACUGCAACAACAGCGCCCUGCCCCACCGGCCCCUCAUGCUGCUGCAGGUCAAAGGGAGGAGACACGUGCAGACGCGCCUGGUGGAGCCCCGGGCGUCCUCCCUCAACAGCGGGGACUGCUUCCUGCUGCUGACACCUCACUGCUGCUUCCUGUGGGUGGGGGAGUUCGCUAACAUCAUCGAGAAGGCCAAGGCCUCGGAGCUGGCCACGCUGAUCCAGACCAAAAGGGAGCUGGGCUGCAGGGCUACCUACGUCCAGACCAUUGAAGAAGGAAUCAAUACCCACACCCACGCGGCCAAGGACUUCUGGAAGCUUCUGGGGGGCCAGGCCAGCUACCAGUCCGCCGGAGACCCCCAGGAGGACGAGCUCUACGAAGCGGCCAUCAUAGAGACCAACUGCACCUACCGCCUGGUGGAGGACAAGCUUGUCCCCGACGAGGACUCCUGGGGCAAGAUUCCCAAGUGCGCACUGCUACGGCCCGGGGAGGUCCUGGUGUUUGACUUUGGCAGCGAGGUGUACGUGUGGCAUGGGAGAGAGGUCACCUUGGCACAGAGGAAAGUGGCCUUCCAGCUGGCUAAGCACCUGUGGAACGGAACCUUUGACUAUGAGAACUGUGACAUCAACCCGUUGGACCCUGGCGAGUGCAACCCACUGAUUCCCAGGAAAGGACAGGGCCGGCCAGACUGGGCAGUGUUCGGAAGACUGACCGAACACAACGAGACAAUUCUGUUCAAAGAGAAGUUUCUGGACUGGACAGAGCUGAAGAGAGCCACGGAGAAGAGCCCCGGGGAGCUGGGCCAGCACAAGGAGGAGCCCCGGGCUGAGGUCAGGACCUGCAAUGUGUCCCUCAUGGUGGCAGCACCCUCGGCUGCUCCACGCAUGGUGCUGGACGGCGUGGACGUGGGCCGGGGUUACGGGCUAGUGGAGGUGGAGGACCGCAGGCACAUGGGCAUCAGCAGCCUGGGUGUGGAAGUGUGGCACAUCCUGGAGUUUGACUACAGCCGGCUGCCCCGCCAGAGCGUCGGCCAGUUCCAUGAGGGGGACGCAUACGUGGUCAAGUGGAAGUUCUUGGUGAGCACCGCAGUGGGCAGCCGGCUGAAAGGCGAGCAUGCAGCCCGGGCGGCAGGAAGGGAGAGGUGCGUCUACUUCUUCUGGCAGGGCCGCCACUCGACCGUGAGUGAGAAAGGGACCUCGGCCCUGAUGACCGUGGAGCUGGACGAGGAGCGGGGGGCCCAGGUCCAGGUUCUACAAGGCAAAGAGCCCCCGUGCUUCCUGCAGUGCUUCCAGGGUGGCAUGGUGGUGCAUGCGGGCAGGCGCGAGGAGGAGGAGGAGAGCGCACAGGGUGAGUGGCGGCUGUACUGUGUGCGUGGGGAGGUGCCCGUGGAGGGCAGCCUGCUGGAAGUGGCCUGUCACUGCAGUAGCCUGCGCUCCCGGGCGGCCAUGCUGCUGCUGCACGUGCUCAGGGCGCAUGCCUACCUGUGGUUCGGCUGCAAGGCCCAGCCCCACACCAGGGCCGUGGGCAGGAUGGCGGCCAGCAGGAUGGUGGAGCAGUGUCCCCUGGAGGCUGGGCUGCACAGCAGCAGCGAGGUGGCCGUGCAGGAGUGUGAGGAGGGCUCCGAGCCCCCGGGCUUCUGGGACGCGCUGGGCCGCAGGGACCGGAAGGCCUAUGACUGCAUGCUGCAAGACCCCGGGAGCUUCAGCUUCACGCCCCGCCUGUUCAUCCUCAGUAGCUCCUCCGGAGACUUCUCUGCCACAGAGUUCACGUACCCCGCGCGGGACCCGUCUGUGGUCGCCUCCAUGCCCUUCCUGCAGGAGGACCUGUACAGCGCCCCGCAGCCAGCGCUGUUCCUGGUGGACAACCACCACGAGGUGUACCUGUGGCAGGGCUGGUGGCCCAAGGACGACGAGAUCCCGGGCUCCGCUUGCAUCCGCUGGGCGUCCGACCGCAAGAGCGCCAUGGAGACCGUGCUGCAGUACUGCCGAGGGAAGCACCUCAAGAAGCCGCCCCCCAAGUCCUACCUUAUCCACGCGGGCCUGGAGCCCCUGACCUUCACCAACAUGUUCCCCAGCUGGGAGCACCGUGAAGACAUCGCAGAGAUCUCAGAAAUGGACAUGGAGGCAUCCAGCCAGAUCACGCUGGUGGAACACGUGUUGGCUAAGCUGUGCCAGACCGUGUACCCACUGGCCAAGCUCCUGGCACGGCCGCUGCCCGAGGGCGUGGACCCCCUGAAGCUGGAGCUGUACCUGAGCGACCAGGACUUCCAGUUGGCGCUGGACAUGACGCGGGCGGAGUACGACGCGCUGCCCCCCUGGAAGCAGGCCGACCUGAAGAAGAGUAAGGGGCUCUUCUGAGCCACAGCUGCCCGCCGGUCACCCCCAGCGGUCACCCACCCCAGCCCGCCACCAUCCACCUCGCCUUGCCCCCACCCGCCCAGCGCGGGCCCAGACUGGCCUCCCCACCGGUGUUUUUAAAGAUCCGUCUUCUCAUGAAUUUCCCGACACCGAGCUCCGAGCUCUGUUGUGUGAACGUGGAGACCGGGGCCGGCUCUGCAGACCCCCACCCACGCCCCCCACCCCAGCCCCACGGCCGUCCCCACCGCCCCCACUCCAUGCCUCUGUUUUGAAGCGAUUCUCUUUACAGAGUGUUAUUUUGAUAGUUUGUGGAUUCUGAAAUAUAUAUAUUUAUAUAAACACCAUAUAAAACAAAUAUUAUUUAACAAGCAAAGCUGUACCAUUCACUGUGGAAACCCUCCCUCCUGGGGUUCCGGGCCAGGAGGAGACGGGGAGCAGCCAGAGAUGCUUGGGGGCCCCGCCCGGCCCGGACGGCGUGUGGUGCUGCCGCUGGCGCCGUGUGAGCAGAGCAGUCGCCCGCCCAGUGCCUUGACUUCCUGUACAGUGUGUGUGAGGGCGUCUCGGAGCUCCGUCCACGGCAGAAACGAGAGCGUCUCCGCAUCUGGUGCCAGCUGUGGAAACACAACAUGGUUUGCACAAAACGUUUCCCAAAUAAAAGCUUUGGAAUCAACACCGUGA